AUGUCGAGCCCUUCAUUGCAGCUGGGAAAGAUAGCUUCGCCGGAAGAUGUGGAAGAUGUAGUACCUGUGGUUUUCUCCUGGAACUAUCUUCCCCGCCUACCCUCAUUUCUUGUUGCACAGGAAUGGGAUUUCAAGGUGCCUAUCAUCGCCGCUGCUAGCCCUCACUCCUUUCCGAUCAACCCCAAAGCCGCCGGACUACCAUAUCACACGGGCCUCACAUGUCUCCGCCACAACAGACACUGGCGGGCAGCACUCAAGUAUGCAGCAGAGCUGUGUGAGCUGCUCGCCGCUGAUCAGAGUUACAACAGUGCUACCUUAUCUCGUGGUGGUAAUCUCGCCAGUAUCGCCCAGCGUGAACUUCGGGCUCCCGAGGGAGAGCGAUUUGUCACUUUCGCUAUAAACCUGUUCCCUCAAGCCGAUGAAGAACGCAUGAAGUUGAUUGCUGUCGGAAUCCUUUUUGUGGUCAUCUUCGAUGAUUCUUGGGAGGAAGCUCCAGGAGAGGAGCUCAAAGCUGUUCAGGAUGACUUUGUCUCUCGUAUGCGAGGACAAAAGCCUCCAGGGGCGAAUACGGCAGGCUCGCCACUCCAAGCCCGCAUCGAUGAGAUCGUGGCUACGUGCAAAGCAUGUGAUGAGAGAACUGGCACAGAUGGGGGCAAAGAUUUUAUCGAGACAAUGCUCGAGUGGGUCAUGCACUCGCAACCGGAAAGCGAGAAUUUCAAGACGCCUCGAGAGUAUCUAGAUUAUCGAUGGAUGGACGCUGCCAACUGGUGGUUGGUGGCUUCAUGCAAGUUCAGUACUGCAUCAGCAAUUUCGCUCAAGGAUCCAUUGAUGGAGAAAAUCAUUCGACUGGUGGGCGAUCACGUUUCCAUCGUCAACGAUCUGGGCUCAUUCGAGAAGGAGCUUGCUGCAUUCGAGUCUGGACGUACAGUCGUACAUAUCAAUCUCGUAAAGACUAUGAGGACCAGUUGCGGAUUGUCAAUCGACGAUGCGAAAGCUGCCGCGUUUACUUUGCAGCUUCUCAACGAACAAGAGAUCCUAGCAGAAUGCUAUCGUCUGGAGAAGGACCCUUCAGUAACGGUCGACCAUUGGCGUUUUGUUGACACUUUGCUUCUCUUAAUUGCUGGCAAUACGUUUUACACUAUGACCACAUCUCGAUAUGGUGGACAAGGAGCAAGAAUUCAGAAAUAA